UUAGUAGUGCACGUUUUUAGGUAGAAAAGGAAAAUAAAAUUAAAAUUUUAAGAAAAGCAAAACAAAUAUUGUUAUUACAUACUUAAGGAUCAGACACAUGCUUCCCCUAUUUUAAGUCACAUCUAUUUGAGGGUUUGUUGUUAACAUAUUGUUUAUGUUUUGUUAUUACACUAUUACAUACAGAAUUCUGCACAAAGCUUUUAUUGUGAAAAAUUCCCGGAAGCUGUUCGUCUCCUUCUCCAUCACCUUGACGUCAUUAGCUCCUUCACUCCCUCCAUUCAUUUCACCCGAACAGUCGCAUCCGAGCAGGCGGCCCUCCCCUCUCAUUUCUCUCCGCCUGGAAAGAUGGCUGCUCCGGCGGUGGUGAGGAGCUCCGGCCCGCCGCUCUGCCCGAGCUUUGCGGAGGUCUGCUCGUUCCUGGAGCGGUACGGACCGGCACUGGAUCUCCCCGAGAUGACUUUCCCGCAGUUGGAACGGUAUCUGCGCGACACUACGGCAGUUUCCAAACCUCUCGUGGAUCUCCAUGUGAAGCUGCUCAGAAAACUAGGGAAGUCUGUGACCACUGACCGCUGGGAGAAAUACCUGGCUAAGGUUUGCCAAGAGCUGAACAGCACGUGGGCGUGGGAGCUGGAGCAGAAAGGUUACCAGGAGAUGUCAAUGGAGUGCAAAUCGAGCAUCCUGAAGUAUCUCUGCGAGUGUCAGUUUGACGAUAACCUCAAGUUCAAGAUGAUGAUCAACGACGAGGAUCCAGAGAAGAUGCGACUGCAGCCCGUUGGUCGGGACCGGCAGGGUUUGUUGUACUGGAUGCAGCUGGAUCAGGAGCAGAACAUCCGGCUGUACACGGAGGAGCAGGACGAUCUGGAUGGGUCCACCUGGAGGUGCAUCGUCAGGACUCGUAACGACCUCGCCGAGGCUCUGGAGCUGCUGAAGACUCAGGUUGAACCAAACCAGAACCAGGAGCAGAAUCUGGCUGAAUCCAGGAGCACCAGCCCUACAGGGAAAGGCACAGGUGAAGCCAAUGAAAUAAAGGACGCCAAAUCCAGCAACACUACAGAGCAAACUGACAAGAUAAAGAUGGACCACGAUAUGGAAAAGAAACCCAUAAAACAAGAGUUGAAGCAGGAGCAGAUGCAGGUGAUCGAGCAGGAAAACCGCGAAAAUGAGGUGAAGGAGGAGAAGACGGACAACAAAAAGUCUGUCUUUGAUAACCGCGUGAGCACAAUCACCGCCAUCAAACCGGAACCAAGAGACGUUGCCAAAAACGCAGUGUCUGUCGUCACGGCCUCCAGUGUGACAAAACUGAACGUGGACGAGGAGGCGGAGCGUGCCGCUGUCAGGAGCAACCUGCAGGCCAAAAUACCGCUCAAGAAGAGGGACCUGAAGCUUGCAGACAGCUUCCACACCAAUCACAUUAACAGUAACAGCAGCAGUAUAAUUGUUUGUAACCCUGCAGUCAUCCAGAGUAAAGACAGUCAUGGAAGAGAGGGGAACUUCCUGAACUCUGUCGCUCCUGUAUGUGGGCCGGCUGCUACUCAACAACAUCAGCUCGCCAAUUCUGCGGCUCCAGAACUGACCAAUGGGAGAGCACCUCUUUUCCAGCCCUACAAAGAAGGGCAGAAUGGUGUCAUUGGGGUCAUCGGUCACAUCGGAGUCAUCCGCAGCCCCUCUGAGCUUCACAGAGCCUCCGGUUCCGAGAGGCAAGAGCAAAACGGGCCAAGCUUAGAACCUAGCAGGGCUGUGAAGGAGGAGAAGGAAGUGAGUCGGCAGUCUGUGCUCGUACGGAAGGUGCCUGCAGAAAUAGAGCCGGCUUCCAGCGCCUUUCCUCCUCAUGAAAUGAGCGAGUCUCAGUCGUGCAAAGCGCCACAGUCUUUAAAAGUCGACAAACUCCCUGAAGUUACGGACAUAAAAGUAGAUCCUGCUGGUGCCUCGUCACUCUGUCAGCCCACAGGAGAAACCAAAAGGCUGAAGGUGGAGGAGCCGAGUCAAGAAGCGACAGAAGAAACAACAGAGGAGGAGUUUGAAAAGGCUGGACAGAACAGCCAUCAGCAGAAGGAUCACGGUUUGAAAGACACGAGAAAAGAAGGUCCGGAAAGAGACUUACAAACGGAGGAGCCAGAAAAGCCCUCAGGCAAUUCAAGUCAAGUUUGCACAGAAUCUGACAGAUAUGCGUCGCCUCAGAAGACAGAAAAACCCAGUAAAACAGAGCAGGAAGAGAAAGGGGUGAACGGUGGGUUUUCAGGCCCGGCGAAGGGGAAGAGAAGUCUCGGGUCUGGAUCAGAGCAGGAGCGCUGUCCUUUGGAGGAAGCAUCCUCUGAGCUCCAGAAAGAAGGGAUCCGGCUGAAAAUCAAGAUUCCUCCACACCGCAGGAACAAGUUAAGGGGGAAGCGAGGAAAAGGGCAGGAAAAAGACGCGCAGAAGGAGCAGGAAGAGGGGAGGCUGCUUAGGAGAUCUGCCAGGAUAUGCAGAUCAUCUUCUUUGCCAACCUGUAGGCCAAGCUCGAAGGUUACCGAGAGCCAGAGAAAGAAACCCCAGACUAAACAGGCUUUACCCGCCAGAGUCGGGGAUGAAGAUGAGGCAGAAGAGGAGGAGGAUGAAGAGGAGCAGAUCUCAGCUUCAAAGGAAAACAGAAAACUCGUCGGGGAAGUUAGAAAACUCAGGGGAAAACGGCGACACAGACGGCCCCGAUGGUCAAACAUUCGCACGAAACGGCGCAAACUGAACGAUGACGAAGCGAUGGCGAGCAGAGGGCGGAAAGAUGGAGGUGAAGGACGGAGCGACUCAGAGGUAGAAUCCUGUAAAUCCACGGAGAUCCCCAGCGAGGACUGCUGCUCCCACUGUGGCCUGCCCAACCAUCCCGAGCUGAUCCUGCUGUGCGACUCCUGCGACAGCGGAUACCACACGGCCUGUUUGCGGCCGCCGGUCAUGCUGAUCCCAGACGGGGAGUGGUUCUGCCCACCCUGCCAACACAAGCUGCUGUGCGAGAAACUGGAGGAGCAGCUGCAGAACCUGGACAGCGCUCUGAAGAAACGGGAGAGGGCAGAGCGGAGGAGGGAGCGGCUCGUCUACGUGGGGAUCAGCGUGGAGAACAUCAUUCCUGAGGAAGACAAGGAGGAAGAAGAGAAGGCUACAAAAAAGAAGGACUGCAAAAAGAGCAAAAAUCUGGGGAGGAGAUCAACCAGAACCAGGAAGCACAUCAGCUACAGGUUUGACGAUUUUGAUGACGCCAUCGAUGAGGCCAUUGAGGAGGACUUUGGCGAUCUCUGUGGAGGAGCAGGUAAAGACAUCGCCUCCAUCUUGUCUGAGGACGUGGAGCGGCCAAUCAGGAGCCAGACCCGGGCAGCCAGGAGCAAGCGAAGGAGGAGACUGAACGACCUGGAGAGCGACAGCACGGCGGCAGAGAGCGAAGACGAGUUCAUGCUGAGCAACAGCUCGGAGGAGGAAUGUGGCGCAUCAGGGCCUGAUGACGAUGAGGAGGAGGAGGAGGAGGAGGACAUGGGCAGCGAUGGAGGGAGCUGGGACAAAGGGACCAAACCCAGGAGAGCUCUAAAGGGAGUGCCCAGGCAGAAACCGGGGAGGGCCCGGCGCAGGGGCAGGAAGCGGCAGUUGAGGCGCUCAGAGGAAGAAAGCGAGGAGGUCAUGGACUCGGAUCAGUACAGUGACUUGAGCGACAGCGACCACCAAAGGCGGGGCCUGAGGCGGGGCCAACACCAGCAGGUCAACUACAGAGAGACGUCCGAGUCGUCUGACAGCUCCAGGGUCUCCGCAGACGAGAAGAAAAGCAAAGCUCGAACACGCAAGGAGGCGCUCUCCAGCGACUACAGCGACUCAUUCCUUUCUUCCAAAGAAUCGGAGGAAGAUGAUUAUGAGGAAGACGACGAAGACAGGAAGCUGAUCGGGAGGAGAAGGGAGAAGGAGUUCAGGAAAAGCAGGACAAUAGAGAAGAGGAGAAGAUACAAACAUGAUGAAGAUAGAGGGCAGCAACGGAGGAGGAGACAUUUAGAAAAAGUGUCCAUCAAGGACAGAAGGAGUAGAUUGAGGAAGGACGAGGAAGAGGAGGACCUGGAGAAGAUGGGCCGGGGUAGGAGGAGGGAGAUUCUGUACCAGCAGCGGCGCAGACGGCUCGCCCAGAUGCUGAAGAAACGGCGGCCUUCAACAGACGAGGAGGAGGAGGAGUCUGAGGAUUCGGAAUCCUCGUCCGAAGAGGAUCGGCCCAUCCGAAAAAGACUCAACCGCAUCGACUCUGAUGACGAAGAGGAUGAUGACGAGGAUGUAAGACGGAAGACCAAAAAGCCUUCAGGGGGGGAGAGAACGUCAGAUGCCAGACACGACAGCGACUCUCAGGAAAGGGGGAGGGGCCAGAGCCCGUCUCCAAACGAACAUCAGACCUCCAGAGGCCUGCAGAAGCCUGGGAGCGGCAGCCUUUCUGUGCCCAGAGACAGUUUAGCUUCAGACAGGCAGAGCAGGCACAACGGCCCCUGGCAUCCGGAGGAGGAGGAGGAGGAGGAAGGUCAGACGGACUCGGUAAACUCUGUGCAGAACAGUCCGCGGUCAUGAUGGCGGCGUGUCAACGACCCUCGCUUCUUGAGCGUUUUCUUCCACCAUCGAAGGUGGAGCUCUUCUUCGUCUCGCUUCUUCAUUACUGUUGCAUUGUGGUAGAUUGCCGUUCUUCCCUCAAGAACCUCACGGCUGCAGAACACCCCCCCACACCCAGCCGUCUGGACCAAACCGCCCGGUCACCCCUCCCUCUGAUGGUUUUACUCAACAGUAGAUUCAGUUGAAACCCCACCGAUGCCGACAGUUUGUGUUCUGUUCAUCCUAAAGCGCCUCCUCGUUCUCAUAGCACUUACUAACAUCCUGGGGGGGGGGUCCAGAAAUCGAACACUUUGACUCACAUCGGCCCAGAAAGGACGGACGAAGCAGAAAAUCUGGAGCUUUGCCCUCAGUCCUGUUAGCUGAAGGGAUGCUGAAGUUUUAGUUUUUUUUAAAUCCACCAAAAACUACAAUUCCCAGAGCCCCGCCCCUUCACACUGACAUACCCCGGCAGCAGUUCAUUCAGUAGCAUCCGAACCAAAAAAAGGCCGUUUUGGAUCCAAAGUGUUCGCUUUCAGAAGCCCCUCCUGGGUUUGCUGAACCUUCAUCCGGAGGAGGGUUUGACUGGCUGUACAUACUCUGCCUGUGCGCCAUGUCUUGUAAAAUAAUAGAUGUUCUGUUCUUAGUCUUGUAAAAUAUAGUGGUAUAUUUUCUACAUGAAGGUGAAGAGCAAAGAUGCUGCUGCGAGUGACGCCGAGAUCGGUUGACUGAAAUCCUGCUGUG